AUGAGAGGGUGGCGCGCAAAACACGAGCGCUUGUGUAUAUGCAGUGCCGACAGAUGUACGAGGCCUGCACCGACAUACAUGUGGAUGGCAUAUAACAUGGCCUUCAUCUACACGAUGGCGAGUCUGAUCACAGACGAUGUGGCAACAAGCUUGGCACGCCGAGACGCGGCAAACUUCUUCAGCCCCCAAGACUGCAUCAACUUUCUUCGCUUCACGCAACCGCAGACUACUCUUCUCACCACNGCGAGUCUGAUCACAGACGAUGUGGCAACAAGCUUGGCACGCCGAGACGCGGCAAACUUCUUCAGCCCCCAAGACUGCAUCAACUUUCUUCGCUUCACGCAACCGCAGAUCAUGCUGAUGCUGGAUCUUCUCCUGAUCCCUGCGUUCAUCCGGACCGACUGUGGGUUUAUCGUGAGUGGGCGAGAGGCUCUUUGCGUGCUGCUGUAUCGCCUCGCGUUUCCAUGCCGUCUGAAAGACAUGCGCUUGGUUUUCGGGCUGAGCGAGUCCUGCAUCUGCGAAACGUUCAAUCGGAUGCUGCAUUUCCUCGACUUCAAAUGGGGCUGGCUGCUCUCUGUUGACGUGGAGCGACUGAAGCCGAGGUUGUUGGUGGAGUUCGCCGAAGCCAUAUACAACGCCGGUUGCCCUCUAACACACUGUUGGGGCUUCAUCGAUGAAACCAUCCGCGGCAUUGCGAGAGUACGACUCGCGGACACUCACCAACUAAGUAUUCAUGCGAUCAAGUUCCAAGGCGUGGUUACCCCUGACGGACUAUUCGUCGAUUUGUGGGGCCUUGUGCUUGGCACACGUCAUGAUAGUUACUUGCUGGCGCAGUCUGGACUGAUGCAAAAGCUGGCAGCACACUUUAACAGCCCUUCGGGCCGCCCGUACUGCCUGUAUGGAGACCCGGCAUACGGCUUAAGCGAUCACCUCGUUUGCCCUUUCAGUGCCGCAUCCUACGGCCCGCUUACGCCCGAGAUGGCCGACUUCAACCAGCGCAUGAGCCACUGCAGGGUAACCGUGGAGUGGGGCUUCAAGGAGAUGACUAGCAAGUGGGCGUUUGUAGACAUGAAGUCGCAGCAGAAGUAUUUGUUGAGCCCAGUAGGCAAGCAGUACCGAGUGGCUACCCUGCUUUCCAACAUGCACUCUUGCCUUAACGGCGGCAACCAGAUUUCGCAGUACUUUAACCUGCAGCCGCCCACCCUCGAGGAAUACCUUAAGGUGUAA